UGCAAAAUGCAGAUACGAUUUCAGAUUUAAUUUGGACCAAAUUAAAUUUUAUGUAUAUUGAAGCUUGGGCUCCAGUCAAUUAUGGACAGUAAUAAAAGGCGCUAGACGGUAAAAUUUUCAGGCGGAUUCAGAAUUAGAAACUCGACUGAGAGAAAGAGCAAUGGCGAACAGGCUUAGGAAGAUGCGUUAUGAGAGGAGGGCGGCUUCCAUCAUUAAGAAAACCAGAGAGCUCGAAACGCUCUGCAACAUCAAACUCGCCGUCGUCAUUGUGGGCCCCGACGGCAAGACGGAGACUUGGCCUCCCGACCCCGCCGCCGCCAAAGCCAUAUUCGACGCCGGAAAGGAGAACGUCGGCCGCGCGACGGCAGUUAGCGGCAAGAAACGGAAUUCCCCUGAAUAUAAAAAAGAAGAAGAAGACAAAGAUUAUUCUCGCCCAUGGAAGAAAGAAUGCAUAACCGCCGCCGGCGAAGAUUCGGAAAUCGCCGCUGCAACUGUGAGUGGAAGAGAAAUCGAGUCAAUGGGUGAUCCUUAUUUCGGGUCUGGGCUCGGAGAACUGCUUAAACCUUAUAUUCACUAGCUCUUGAAUUUAAUUACUAUUGAUAAUUAGAAUUAGCAUGAUUAAUUUGAUUAGCAACUCGAUCAAAAUUCAAUGUAAUCAUAUAAUGAUAUAUGCCUUGUUAGUUUUUAGUGAUCUCUGAUAAUAUUUCUAUCACAGGAUUAGAGUAUAACUUUUACUGUAUCGAUAUACUCCCCAGUCCUCACUCCUCAGUAAUUCAUUGUUCCAAAAAAGGUUGAAUCGCCAACCCCAAGCGCCCCCCACGCCCCGACCCGACAAGACUUUUGGGAGGAUGUAAGUCACGGUGACUCAGUCAGUAGAGUGGCAGUAGGCCCAUGCACCCGUGCGCACCAGAGGCCCAGCCUUAUUUCAGGUUCUGUGACCUCCACUCGGCCGCUGCGGGGAUUCGAACCUUGGUCAUUGUUCCAAAUUUCCCACCACUCGACCAACUGAGCUACCC